AACAAAUUUCUGUAUUUCACUGUUGGUGUGUUUGGUCGGUGUGAGACAAAAAAAAAAUGGCUUCUGCAGGUCUUCAGAUCCUGGGUAUCUUUCUGGCUGCCAUUGGCUUCAUGGGAGACAUCAUCAUUUGUGCAUUGCCCAUGUGGAAAGUCUCUGCUUUCAUUGGGAACAACAUUGUGACGGCGCAGAUUUUCUGGGAGGGCCUGUGGAUGAAUUGUGUGAAGCAGAGCACUGGACAAAUGCAAUGCAAAGUCUAUGACUCCAUGCUGGCUCUUCCCCGUGACCUGCAGGCUGCCCGGGCCCUGGUUGUGAUCUCCAUUCUGGUCGUCUUCAUGGGAAUCCUGCUUGCCACCGCAGGGGGAAAGUGCACCAACUGUAUUGAAGAUGAGGCAGCCAAGAGCAAGGUGGCCAUCGCUGCCGGGGUGUUCUUCAUUGUUGGCGGCAUCCUGUGCCUGAUUCCUGUGAGUUGGUCUGCUAACGAGGUCAUCAGGAACUUCUACAACCCCAUUAUGAGCGACGCACAGAGGAGGGAGCUUGGAGCAUCGCUGUUCAUCGGUUGGGGGUCGGCUGGACUCCUGCUCAUUGGAGGGGCACUUCUCUGCUGUCAGUGUGAGCAGCGUAAGGACAGCAGAUACUCUGUCAAAUACUCUGCCCCACGCUCAGCUGCCAGCGGUGGAGCCUAUGUUUAAAAUGCCUGUAAGCAGCCUGAAAGAUGCUCUGCUGUUCUCAGUCCAGGAAACUGGACUGAACUCUCAAAAUCAUGUUUUUAUGGUCUUAACUUAUCAAGGUUUUCUACUGAUUAUUUUAAUAAAUUCCAUGUGAUCACUA